AUGCGCAUCUGCGCACACCUCCGCGAACGGUCCUGCCAGAAGGCUGCCGUGCAGACCCCUGCGGUCGAUGAGAACAGCCAUGCCUGGGUGGCUGGCUACACUUUUGGCGUGGCACUUGGUGACAUCCGCCUUCGUUUUGCGUGGCAGGUGGACGACGUUGGCAAUGCCUGGGUGGCAGGCUGCACGUGGACCUCUUUCCUGGAUAGCGAGCCACGCGCAUAUGACCUUUUCCUGAUGAAAUUCGAUGUCCAGGGCGUGCACCAGUGGACGAGCCAGCGCGGUGGUCAGGGCUGGGAUGAGGCUCAGGCCCUGCAGGUCGAUACCACAGGCCAGUAUGCCUGGGUGGCUGGUGACACCCAAAGUUCCCUGGAUGGGCACAGCAACGCUGGAACAUACGACAUCUUUCUGAUGAAGUUCCAAGUGCCCAGGUUGAGGUUGAGAGGUAAUAUGUCCAGCUGGCUACGUGCGAAGUCCCUCGCAGAAGAGUGGUGGCAACAGCAUGUGCUGCGUGCUGUCCAGCACCUCAACUUCCAGCUGGACAUCGUCAACGACGGCAUCCACCAGCAGCAUCACGGCGUCAUCAACGAAGACGUCAACCAGAAUCACCAGAACAAAAUCAUCGACGACUGCAUCGACCAGAACAACAUCAAGGACUGUAUCAAGUACAAAGUCAACUACCAAAGCCUCAACCAAAGCCUCAACCAAAGCCUCAACCAGGACAACAUCAAGAACAGUGUCAGCCAGCACCAGCACAAGGUCAACCACGAAUUCACUCACCAGGACGACAUCAAGAACAGUAUCAUCAGCCAGCACCAGCACAAGAUCAACCACGAAUUCACUCACCAGGACGACAUCAAGAACAGUAUCAUCAGCCAGCACCAGCACAAGAUCAACCACGAAUUCACUCACCAGGAAGACAUCAAGAACAGUAUCAUCAGCCAGCACCAGCACAAGAUCAACCACGAAUUCACUCACCAGGACGACAUCAAGAACAGUAUCAACCGGCACCAGCACAAUAUUGGCAACAAAAGCACCAGCCACGAUAACAUCAACGACACCACCAGCCAGCAGAAUCAGCACAACGUCAUCAACCACAGCAUCGACUAG